AUGGCAUCAAUAAGAAGAGCGUCUUUCUUCGUGCCAUCACCAGAGGGUUACGCAAAGGCAGCACUGCGUUUCGUAGGCUAUGAAGCAUGUUGCACACCGCACUGGCCUCACGCUCUCGUGGGUUCAGUUGUCUCUGCAUUGCCCGUGAGAAUUUUCGAGUCGUUUUACGUUAAGAGAUGCCUCCAGACCCGGAAGAAGGGGAUGCUUAAAGAGUCCAUGAAAAAGAAAUGA